AUGUCGAAACCGCUACGGCCAAGAGGAGUACCAACCCCCAACCCGCGGUUCCGAGUCCAUGUCCGCGAAGAGCCAAAGCCCCAAAUCCCAGAACCCUCGACAUAUGAGGGCCCAUCCCUCUCCAAACAAAGACCCGCCCUCUCAUAUUUCCUCACUAGCCUCCGCCACCGCAUCUCCGCCCUCCCAUACCCAGUCCGACAAGCAUGUCGCACUCUCCGCUGGGCAGUACCUAUACUCCCGAUCGUACUUUUCUUCCCAGAACAUGUUAUGCAAGUAAUGUGGGUUCGCGGGCCAUCAAUGACACCCUACCUGAACGAGGAGUAUGCGCAAACACAAACGAAAAGCGAUAUAGUGAUGGUCAGCAUGUGGCCGUGGGGAUCUAUAUUGCCGUUCAAGAAGGAGCGGAAGCUGGAACGAGGGAUGAUUGUUACUUUCCGUGCAGCAACAAAAACUGACAAUCUCUUCGAGACAUAUAGCUCCCCUGCAAACCCGUCUCAUAUCGCUAUUAAGCGCAUCAUCGGUCUACCCGGGGACCGAAUCACGACCCGUGAGCCAUGUCUGCGACCAACGCAGAUCGUCCCCUGGAAUCACGUCUGGUUGGAGGGUGACGCGGAGGAUCCGCGGAAGACACUGGAUAGCAACACAUAUGGGCCUGUCAGUCUCAGUCUGGUUACUGGACGAGUAUUUGCGGUGCUAGGACCGCGGAUGCGAUGGCUGAAGUGGACGGACUGGGAAAAUGAGAAGAGGGAGUCUGCGUCGACGGAUAGUGCGACUGUGGAUAAGUAUCGACAAAGUGUGCGGGAUCGUGUUGUGAAGAAUGCCGUUAAGCUUGAGCAGCCCAUGUUGAACUGA